UAGGAGAGGGAUUCUCUCUUUCCCAUUGCCCCCUCCCCACCUGUCUGCUCCAGUCGGGGUUUUGGCCAAUCAGCAAGGCGGUUAGAGCGGCUGAGCCUUGCUAUUGGCUGAUCCUGCAGAGGGCGCUCCCUGAGUCCCGCCUCCUCCAGCGCAGCCCCCUCUGGCUGGGAAGGCGCCCACGGUGGCGUGGAGGCCACUUCGGCAGCCUGGGCGGGUGGAGGCGGCCAUGGCGGGCAGCCCAGGCAGCGGGGCCUCCUUGGAGGGCAUAUCCCUGGGCUCCUCUGAGGAAGCCGAGCUCCGGAGGGAAGCCAUGCAGCAAGUCCUGGACAACCUGGGAUCCCUCCCCAAUGCCACGGGGGCUGCGGAACUGGACCUGAUCUUCCUUCGAGGCAUUAUGGAAAGUCCCAUAGUCAGGUCCCUGGCCAAGGCCCACGAGCGGCUUGAGGAGACAAAGCUGGAGGCUGUGCGAGACAACAACCUGGAGCUCGUGCAGGAGAUCCUGCGGGACCUGGCGCAGCUGGCCGAGCAGAGCAGCACCGCCGCGGAGCUGGCCCGCAUCCUCCAGGAGCCCCACUUCCAGUCCCUCCUGGAGACCCAUGACUCUGUGGCCUCAAAGACCUAUGAGACACCACCCCCCAGCCCCGGCCUGGACCCAACGUUCAGCAACCAGCCUGUGCCUCCGGACGCGGUGCGCAUGGUGGGCAUUCGCAAGACUGCUGGAGAGCAUCUGGGUGUGACGUUCCGCGUGGAGGGCGGUGAGUUGGUGAUCGCACGCAUUCUGCAUGGGGGCAUGGUGGCUCAGCAAGGCCUGCUGCACGUGGGUGACAUCAUCAAGGAGGUGAACGGGCAGCCGGUGGGCAGCGACCCCCGCGCGCUGCAGGAGCUCCUGCGCAGCGCCAGCGGCAGCGUCAUCCUCAAGAUCCUGCCCAGCUACCAGGAGCCCCAUCUGCCCCGCCAGGUAUUUGUGAAAUGCCACUUUGACUAUGACCCUGCCCGAGACAGCCUCAUCCCCUGCAAGGAAGCGGGCCUGCGCUUCACCGCUGGAGACUUGCUGCAGAUUGUAAACCAGGACGACGCCAACUGGUGGCAGGCAUGCCAUGUGGAAGGGGGCAGCGCAGGGCUCAUUCCCAGCCAGCUGCUGGAGGAGAAGCGGAAGGCUUUCGUCAAGCGCGACCUGGAGCUGACGCCCACCUCAGGAACGCUAUGUGGCAGCCUUUCAGGAAAGAAGAAGAAGCGAAUGAUGUAUUUGACCACCAAGAAUGCAGAGUUUGACCGCCACGAGCUGCUCAUUUAUGAGGAGGUGGCCCGCAUGCCCCCUUUCCGCCGGAAAACCCUGGUGCUGAUCGGGGCUCAGGGUGUGGGUCGGCGCAGCCUGAAGAACAAGCUCAUCAUGUGGGAUCCAGACCGCUACGGCACCACGGUGCCCUACACAUCCCGGCGGCCCAAGGACUCAGAGCGGGAAGGCCAGGGUUACAGCUUUGUGUCCCGUGCGGAGAUGGAGGCCGACAUCCGUGCUGGGCGCUACCUGGAACAUGGCGAAUACGAGGGCAACCUCUAUGGCACACGGAUCGAUUCCAUCCGGGGUGUGGUUGCUGCCGGCAAGGUGUGCGUGCUGGAUGUCAACCCCCAGGCGGUGAAGGUGCUGAGAACAGCUGAGUUUGUCCCUUAUGUGGUGUUCAUCGAGGCCCCUGACUUUGAGACCCUGCGGGCCAUGAACCGGGCUGCGCUGGAGAGUGGGGUGUCCACCAAGCAGCUGACGGAGGCGGACCUGAGACGGACAGUGGAGGAGAGCAGCCGCAUCCAGAGAGGCUACGGGCACUACUUUGACCUCAGCCUGGUCAACAGCAACCUGGAGAGGACCUUCCGGGAGCUCCAGGCCGCCAUGGAGAAGCUGCGGACCGAGCCCCAGUGGGUGCCUGUCAGCUGGGUGUACUGAGCCUGAUCACCCGGACCUAAUGCCCUCUGGCGUGUCACCCAGAACCCUGAAUCCCUCCCCUUCCCAUCUGUGACCCCCAGCCACAAUCUUUAGUUCCCCUGGCGCUCUGGCUCUCCCUGGGUUACGGCUCCUGGCGGGCCCGAAGUCUGGCUCCAGCGUAGAGGCGUGCACUGCCAGGGAGGCGGGCGUUCAUGGGGUACCUCUAUGCCCAGGUGCUGCCCACUCCCGAUGCCCAUUGGCCACCAGAUGUCCCUCUCUGAGGGCCAAGCUGUGCCCAGGAGUGUGUCAGAGUCACUUCCAUAAUGCUCAGUCCAGAGAGAGAAAAACUACUUUGGGACCAUGUGGUCAGUAGUACACUGCCCCCUGCCAUCUCUCUCCAGUCACCUUUUCUCCUCUGGACUGGCCCCCCCCCCCAUUCCUCUGUUCCUCCCGCCUCUCACCCCUGUGGCCUAGGAGCAGGCUGUAGGCUGUUUCCAUGUGGUCAGGAGAGUGCAUGGCCCCAUGGCCGCCAAGCAGGCCCAGGCGGUGGUGCCAGCCUGGUGCCAUCCUGAAGACUGGGGGAGCCAAAGCGCCAGCCAGCGGCCACAGCCGGAGCCGGGGGCAGUGUAGCUCUCGGCUCUCUCGGCGUGGGGCGGUGUCCCACGAGAGGACGUAUCCCCGUCCCUCCCUCAUCCACAGCUUUUCACUGCCGGAGUCUCUCCACAGACUUCUCCGACGUUCCCCUGAGAGGUUGGCUCUGCUCCUCGCAAGGCCGGGCUGCAGGGGUCAGCAGCCCAGGUCGGGGUGGGGUGAAGGCUGAGCCCUGUGAGGAGCCUGCUUCUACUGACUGAAGAGCCCCAGGCUCUCCGUGGCCCCUGGUAGGGGCGCGUCCUGCUUCUCAAGCCCGUUUGUCCAUCUUGGUCUUCUCUGGCCGGGCCCACUCACAUCAGGGCUUCCUGGGGGGCUGAGGAAGGAUGCGGAGCAAACCCUGCGAGCACCAGGCCGUGGAGCUUGGGCUUGGCGAAGGACGUUUGUGUGCUAGCAGUUCCUCAUUGCACAACUCCAGGGGGUGCCCUCCACGUGGUUUCUGUGCCGUUUAUGCUCCGUAUGCUGUGGGGCCUGGUCUGUGUUUCUGUCCCUGGCGUGUGUGUGUCAGGCUUGGUUUUUGGUGAGGAGAGGCAAAGGGUGGUUUUGCUUUGGAGGUCACUCUUUGGGGCCUCUUUUUUGGGGUUCCCCAUCAGCCCCCAUUUCUUAUGAGACCCUUAUCCCAGAUUCCAGAGGCUUGGCCCUCCCCAGGUGUCUUCCUCCAGCUCUCCUACUGUCCCCCAACCCUAAAUGCCACUCUCCAGUUUUGGGGGAGGGCAAUGUGUAAAAUAGGAGAAUCUCUUUUAAGAAAAGAAUGCCAUCCUAGACACCCCCAGGCAUCUCCUCCCUCCUCUCUGUGAUCCUUCCUGGGGUGAGCCUGUCCUUGCAGGGACCACCCCAGCGCCCCGCCCCAGGCCCCGUGCUUCCCGGAUCUGAGUGUCUAAUCUGUCUUCGCUGCAGUGUCAGCCCAAGCUGGCCCCUGAACCACUGUGUGCCCAUUUCCUAGGGAAGGGGAGGGAGAAGAAACAGAAUAUUUAUUACAAAGUUAGAAAUAUAUUUAUUAUAUUAGGGAUCUCAUUUGCAUUGGCACAGGAUAUGCAAAUGAGAUAUAAAGGUCAAGCCUGCUCCCAUCUCAUUUGCAUAGCUCUGCAUCCACUGUGCAGUGAUGUUUAUGUUCAUCUUUUCCCUCUAGUCAGUGUUCUUUUAUUCUCAGUUCAGCUCUCCCUUGCUUCACCCUCACCGUGAGCCUAAGGGGACUGGGAGUGGGAGGAAAAUGGGGAGUUUUGCUGCUGGCCUGAGGUCACAGCAUCAUUUGCUAGCGCCCUCUCUUUGUGGGGACGUGGGAGUAGAGCAGCAAGGAUCUGCUGUUGUGGCCACUCUCUCCUCCUUGGUUAACCUCCAGAGCCCCUUGGACCACAAGGAAUCUUCUCUGAUUGGGGUGAGGGCAACCACGCAUGGGGGGCUGGGCAUGUUGCUGGGGAGUUGGCACCUGGCCCUUUAGGGCCAGUCUCCAGUGUUGAUGCUAUUCUGGCACCUUCACCUCUAGUGAUGCCUGAGUGGAGAGCUGGGCCCCUCUUCUGUCUCCAUCCCUCUCUGAACUGUGUCCUCCGUUCCCCUGGAAGCCCCAUUCUAUGUCGGAACAGUUGCGUGUGCCCACCCACCAUGUUAGCUCUGACUCUGUCCUCCCUCUCCCAUGUGGACACUUGUAUUUGUGGGACCUCAGGAUAAUGAGGACCCUGCGCCCCGCUGUCCACACUCAGUCCCAGCCUGGUUGCCCUUUCCCUCUCCCCUCCCUCAGCCAUCUAAUUCUUGAGCCUUCUCUCUGACUGGUUUUCUUUCUUUUCCUUUGAUUAAAUGUGAAAGCAAAGGCUUCUGGGCUCUGUUUCUCUUUGGUUGGGGUUGGGUGGAUGGUCGGGAGAGGGGGAGAGCGGGGAGCACAGCACAGAUGAUUCUGGAAUGAAAGUCGGAGUGACAUGUCUUGUGUUCUGUGAUGUCUUCUGAAAUUUCCUGCCCCGCCCUCCACACUCCCCAUCCCCAGAAGAUGCUCUUUCUAAAUGCCUGUAUCCAGGAGUCUAUGAGCAUUUAUGGGGGCCAGGGGACCCAGGAAUUCCAUGGCUAAUCCACUCAGCUUCACCUGGAACUUGCUGUGUUGCCUUCAGCAGGUCCCUCUCCUUCUCUGGGCCUCAGGUUCACCCUCUGCAAAAGUGUCAUGGACUCUUCCGGUGCUAAUGCUAGGAUUGGUUCUAGGUACUCAACAGCGGAGGCCAUAGAGAGCUGGUUGAAAUGUCACCCAGAUGUCACCACGGGGGUAUUUGUGUGUCAAAUCCUUUAGGGUUAAGGGGUCAGCCUUCCUUCCCACCUUGAGUUCUCCCUGGAUGCUCGCUGAGGAUUCUCAGGAGGGGCCUUUGGCUGUGCCCUUCUCGCUGUGACAACCCAAUGUGGAACUGACCCCUUUCCUUCAAUCCCCCAAAGCAUCUGCUCACACAGGGACGAGCGUGGGGCUGACUUCACUAGUGAUUUGGAGGCAGCCAUAGGGGCUUAUGUCACCCACCUAACCGCUCUGAUGAGAAUUCAGAAUCGAAUAUUAAACACCCCAAUCUGAAAAGCCCCCUGAUCGUUCCUAGCACAGAGAAUGUUUCCCUGGUCCUCUUUUCUCCCUGGGUCUCCCUGCCUCCCUCCAUAUUGCUGGGCCCUCUCCUGUUCUCUUCUCUCAUUUCUGCACAACCCUCUUCCCAUUUCCUGGGACUCCCCUGGAAACUCAGUAUUUCUUUUCCGUGCCGAGCAACUCUGCGCUUGUACCUUUGGCUCUCAAUCCUGGCUGCACAUGAGAAUCGCCGAGGGGUUAAAAAAACUGCAACUGCCUGGACCCAGUCAGGAGUUCCAGAAAGGCUAACUGCUGUCACUAAGAACCAUAACAUCUCCGCAGCUUGACACCUUUAUUAUUCACGUCUUGCUCACGUCACAACUGAUGGGGAUUGGGUGGCACCCCUAGCAGUGACUCAGGGAUCUUGCCUCCUUCCAUCUUGUGACACCACCAUCUUUAAUGAGCAGGCUCCACAGGUGUCAUGGAGGAAGAACAGAGAGUAGGAAAUUGCUCAGGGAUUUUAUGAGCUAGGCCUGUCUGCCCAUGUCCAUUGGCCAGAACCUAGUCACGUGGCUCUAUAUUCCUGCCAGGGAGUCUGGGAAAUGUAGUCUUCUUGGUGCUCAGGAAAGGAAACAGGAUCUAGCCAGUCUCUGCCAGACUGGGAGUGAAGCCUGGGAAACCCUAUGGUUUCAAAGCUUCCCAUGUAAUUCUAAUGUGUAGCCAAGUUUGCUGACCACUGCUUGUCUGUUCCGACCGUACCCUCAGGGUGGGGCAAAUUUCCUCUUAGCCCCAAAUUGUCAUCAAGGUA